UGACAGUAAUAUGUGGGGGUGGGAAGCAAUGAUUUCAUGAAUGGAGCAUUUGCCAGACUAAGCAGCGGUAACUGGAGCCGUUCCGUGACCUCAGUGGGAAGCGUGAGCUAAAGUGGGACACACAAGAGCCAAAAGUAGCUGUGGAACUUUGAUCCCAAUGACAUCUGUGGAGGAUGCCUUGCUGGUGCCCGUCUGAAACGAGAGCGGUGUGCAGGAUUUCUCAGGAAACAGGGUGUCAAGUUCAUUAAUACUAUUCAAGUGCUGCCGGUGUGCCUUACCUGGCUGAUCUGUGACCGGCUGCUCCCUGUCACCAUGAUCGCGGUGUGUAUUCCAUUCGUGGGGCAACAAGUGCACGGGGAAUCCCAGAAAAAGCACACGGUGUUUAAGGUUGAAGUUCUCACCAAUGGGAGGAAGCAUGUCCUAAACAAACGUUUUAAGGAAUUUCGUGCUCUGCACAGAAAGAUAAAGAAAACCUGUCAAGUGCCUGAAUUCCCACCUAAGAGGCUGUCAAACUGGGGCUCAAAGGAAAUGGAACAUAAACGUCUUAGUCUAGAGGUCUAUAUUCAGGGUGUUCUUGCAGAAAACCAGAAUGUCCCAGCUGAAGUCCUGGAGUUCCUGAGCAUCCGGCAAUAUCCAACUGAGAGAAAAGCCAGUACAUUUGAGGACUCCAUGGAAGAGCUAAGCUCCCUAGAGAACAGCUUCAGGCUAAUGCAUAAACCAGUUGUUGGUUUUCACAGUGAUCCCUUUGCUCAGUCUUCAAUGGCUGGCACAUCGUACAGUCCUGAAGGCAUUAGUACAGACUAUCUCCCUGACAUUGUUGUAGAAGGCGUACUCCAAGGACUGUAUAUGCUGAAUGCAAACUUGAGUUCUAAGGUCUAUGUAACCCCUAAUGGCGAGUGACUGCAGCAUCAGUAUCUUACUGCUUCCCUGUCUUGUGGUGGAUGAGUACCUGUGCAGCCCACUUCUCAGACGUACACCUUGAGCAACAAAGUGAUGUGAGGGAGUCUCAGCUGCAAGUGUUUAUAAGAACUAACGUGUGCCAAAUGUCAGCCUCAGCAGUGAUACUUACGUGUUUCUAUACACUUGUAGUAUCACCCAGUGGCACACACACACACACACACACACACACACACACACACACACACACACACACACACACACACACACACACACACACACACACACCUCUCCAAAACCUACAUACCUGUACUGAAAAACACUAAUUUUUUAUGACCUGCUUCCCCAAAACAUUCAUUUUUUUCCUACAGGUAAGUUAACUGUCAACCAAAAAGGUGGAGCUGUUCAGAAAGAUUGUUCGAAAUUGGCCUUCACCUUGGUAAAGGGGCUGUCCUGUUAUCACUGUCAGAAACAGUUUUGAAUAUUUCCUUGGUGUCUGCACUAUAAGGCCAGAAAUUAUACAUCUGAUUUAUGAAAAUAGCAAUCACAGGGACCUAAUAAAGGAUACAUAUUGAUCCAGCUUCUUUCUACACAGAAAAAAAGACAGUAGCUGACAUAAUACUCCUCUUGCUACAAUAAAAGAAGAAAGUUAUCCGGAUGUGAGGUUGAAGUGAAAAAUAAGCUUGAUGUAGCCACUAACAAAGUGGCUGGUACAAGGAAUGGGUGUAUAAACUAACAAAAUGGCUGGUACAAGGAAUGGGUGUAUAAACUAACAAAGUGGCUGGUACAAGGAAUGGGUGUUUAAGAGGAGACUGACAAUGGCUGAUCCAGUCACAAGUAUGAACACUGUACAAUCCGGUUAUGUCUGAAUGAAUACAUGCCAUUCGAAAUCCAUACAUAAAAGGCAAUUUGUAGAAUUGCAACAGAGGACCACCACAUAUGUUUAGUGUUAUGCAUGAAAAAUGUGUAGAAGAGAUUGAUAGCUAUUGAUAUGGCCACAUAUUGGUCAAGAAAAUAUUUUUGGUACUCAGUGGUACUGGCACUGAAAGGGAGCUGUGUGACCUGACACCUAACUUUGGAGUCAGCUAUUCUAAAUCCUGGAGUAACUUCAGUUAGGUGGCAUUUCUCCAACAUCUUUCAGCAGAGACAAUGCACAUGGAUGUAAUAUAAAAUGUCAGAUGUAAGAUUUAUUUUAUUUUAUUUAUUUGUUAAUAAAGUAGAUGAGCUGG